AUGGGAAGGUCACCGUGCUGUCAAAAGGUAGGGUUGAAGAAAGGGCCAUGGACACCUGAUGAAGACAAGCAGUUGUUGGCUUACAUUGAGCAGUACGGCCAUGGAAGCUGGCGAGAUUUGCCUGCAAAAGCUGGGCUGCAAAGAUGUGGAAAGAGCUGCAGACUAAGAUGGACUAACUAUUUGAGACCUGACAUUAAAAGAGGAAACAUUAGUCUGCAGGAAGAACAAUCCAUCAUUCAGCUCCAUGCUCUUCUUGGAAAUAGAUGGUCAGCCAUUGCAGCUCACCUGCCAAAGAGAACAGAUAAUGAGAUAAAGAACUAUUGGAAUACCCAUUUGAAGAAGAAACUAUGUAAGAUGGGCAUUGAUCCAAUGACGCAUAGGCCAAAGAUCAACUCCUCCUUCGGCUCAGCCGCCAAUCUCAGCCACAUGGCUCAGUGGGAGACCGCUCGACUCGAAGCCGAAGCUCGCCUCGUCCGCCACUCAAAGUUCAUCAGUUCCUCUCUUAUCUCACCUCUCCACUUCAGAAAUAAUCCGCCGCCGCCGCCAAAAGUCCCGCCGUCUCUCGACGUGCUAAAAGCUUGGCAAGAAACGUGGACCAAGCCGCCCAGGACGAGGGUUUCAUCCGACGGCGCGUUUCUGUCAAACGCAACUACACAUCAAUCUCCGACAACCUUCAACUUUUCCGACCAAAACUUAACAACCUUAAACUUUUCCGACCAAAACUUAUGUUACAUGGAAACUCCAUACGUACACGAAAGCACGUUGAAUAUAGGAAACCCUAACACCAACGGCAACAACAUAAUCCCGCAUGCCAUGGAUCCCUUAUCGGACCUUCCAACCUUCAUUCAUGGGUUCUCGGAGCUUACACCGGAAAUCCUCACAGGAUAUUUGGAUGACCACAAUGUCGCCGGAAACUGCGGCACGGCAGACAUGGAAGACAACAGCCGUUACUGGAACAGCAUCCUUAAUAAUCUGGUGAUGUCUCCGGUGGGUUCGCCGGUGUUCUAG